AUGGCGUCGAUAUCUACUGCCGUUUCUGAAUAUCCACCGGAGCAAUCAGAAGGNGUGCGCAUAUAUGUAGACCUCCACUCAAAUUUAAAUACGCCGACCGAUAUUGAAAACUCUAUAGCCACUCUUGAAUCUACACUUAGAGCAGCCGCUAGCGUUUCCACACCCCAGAAAGGUUAUGUGCAAGAAAAAAUAUAUAAUUUAACCAAUAGGAAAAUUGAAAUGCUUGUAUUGGAAAAACGACGCCUACGACGGAUAUGGCAGACUCAUAGAUCACCAGCAUCAAAACAACUGCUCAAGGCGGCCACACAUGCACUGACGAGAGCCCUCAAGAACGAGGAACAGUACGCACAGUACCGGUACAUCCAAAAGCUCUCACCGACUAGCACAAAGCACUCGUUAUGGAAAGCACACCACAAGCUAAAUGCGCCAAUAGAGACUGAAAUGCCAGUACGGGACCACAAUGGCAAAUGGGCUCGGAGUGACGCAGAAAAAGCAAACACCUUUGCUUCUCAUCUAAAAAAUGUUUUUAGGCCAAACCCCGCAACUAAUAAUUUUCAACUUCCACCCGUACCCAAUGUGUCAAAAUUUGAGCCGCUGAAAUUUGUACCUGAAGAAAUUUCAAAAGUAAUUAAGGAUCAACUGCAACCAAAUAAGGCCCCAGGGCACGACUUAAUAACCCCAAAAAUGAUUAUUGAGCUACCAAAUUGUACUAUGCAUCAUACGAUGGACCAAUUGGAUAUGUUGGAUCCAACGGGGCCAAUGACGACGUUAGGGCCUAUGUCAGAAACAUCACUGACACCAACGCAUCAGCAUUUACAUGGAUCUUAUCACAGUAUGAACCAUAUGAUGAGCCAUCAUCAUCCUGGUGCACUGAGUGGGCAUUCUUCGAAUCAUGGACAUUCCGCAGUACAUCACCCCGUGAUAUCAGCUGCAGUGGCUGCAGCUGGUCUUCAUCCAGAUACUGAUACGGAUCCUAGAGAACUAGAAGCAUUCGCUGAAAGAUUUAAACAACGAAGAAUAAAGCUAGGCGUUACACAAGCUGACGUAGGUAAAGCUCUAGCGAAUUUAAAGUUACCUGGAGUGGGGGCGCUUUCACAAAGCACGAUAUGCCGAUUUGAAAGCCUCACAUUAUCUCACAACAACAUGAUCGCGUUGAAGCCAAUACUGCAGGCGUGGCUCGAAGAGGCGGAAGCACAAGCGAAGAACAAGCGAAGAGAUCCGGACGCCCCCAGUGUACUUCCAGCGGGAGAAAAGAAAAGGACUUCCAUUGCGGCGCCUGAAAAACGUUCCCUGGAGGCUUAUUUUGCCGUACAACCGAGGCCCUCGGGUGAGAAAAUUGCUGCUAUUGCUGAGAAACUGGACUUGAAGAAAAACGUGGUGCGCGUCUGGUUCUGCAACCAAAGGCAAAAACAAAAACGUAUAGUUAGUAGUGUUACUCCUUCAAUGACUGGGCAUGGAUCGGCGGGGUUUGGAUACUGAUAGUCGUUUUUUUCUGGAGACUUUUACCUGUAGAUCUGACACAACUCUGCGAUGAAACGUAUUCCCUGGGGAAGAUCAUUGCAAUCAGCGAGAGAGCAUUCGGAGCAAUCAUGAAAAGUCUUAACAGAGCCUAUUCUAUUUUGUAA